GAAAGGAGCAAAGGAUGGUUAGAAGUUAGAAGAAAGCGAGUAGUGACUGUCAGAGGACAGACAGCAGCUAUAGUAGUUAGAUUGUCAGAGUACUUAACGUUACUGAACAGCAGACUAACAUUAGUAUAGACCUGCAUGACGACUCCUCUUCAGGACUCAAGUCGGUAGACACCUAUAGGUAGAAAUACAGCAAACGCACGGCGAAAGCUUGUAACGACAGUUUUUAUUUCCUUUAAUUUGAAGCACACAACACGUUUUAAAUGCAACGCUGUUUGAUAUAUGAGAAAAGUAUGGCAGCCGAGACGAGGAACGGCGGGAGUUCACUCAACAACAAUAACUGCAAAGACCACAGCAGGAGAAAGUUACUGGUCGGAGUGGACCUCUUCUGCCUCUUUUUAGCCGGCCUGCCUUUCUUGGUCAUUGAGACCAGCGCUGUUCAGCCUUACCGUAGAGGGUUUUACUGCGAUGAUGAGUCCAUCAAGUACCCGGCCAAAAAUGGAGACACCAUUAGCGACGGUGUGCUUAGCGCUGCUGGCAUUCUUAUCACCAUCCUCUCUAUCAUCAUCGGGGAGAGCUACAGGAUCUACUUCCUGAACGAGGGAUCCAAGUCUUUUGUCGGGAACCCGUACAUAUCUGCUCUAUACAAGCAGGUGGGCGUGUUCGUCUUUGGCUGCGCCAUCAGCCAGUCCUUCACUGACAUCGCCAAAGUGUCAGUGGGUCGCAUGCGUCCUCAUUUCCUCGAUGUGUGCAAACCUGACUUCUCCACUAUCAACUGCUCCCUGGGUUACAUCACUGACUACCAGUGUCAGGGGCCAGAGAGCAAAGUUCAGGAGGCCAGGAAGUCUUUCUUCUCUGGACAUGCAUCAUUCUCCAUGUACACCAUGCUUUACCUGGUGUUUUACCUGCAGUCUCGUUUCACUUGGCACGGAGCUCGCCUGCUGCGCCCUCUGACCCAGUUCACUCUCAUCAUGAUGUCUUUCUACACCGGCCUGUCCCGUGUCUCUGAUCACAAGCACCACCCAACUGAUGUCCUGGCGGGUUUUGUGCAGGGAGCCCUGGUGGCCUACUGCAUAGUAUUCUUUGUGUCUGAUUUGUUCAAACCCAAAGGAAGACGUUCUAACCUGUCGCCGACCCCAGUGAAGAAAGAUCUUGUUCCUCCAGCAGACAUCAGAGAGCGGAGCAACCAUCUCAUCAUGGCAUAGAGAAGGCUGCAUACUGACUGUACGUACUCCUGACCUGUGCCAUUUAAAUCACUACUACAGCCACUGGUCAAUACUGGAUAAAACAAACUCCCAACAAGCUGGAUAAUGCAGACAAAUAUGGAAUCUCAGAGGAUGAGAGGAGGCUACGGAAAACAGUCAACCGAGUUUUGCUUUCUCAUCGGAAAGUUUCAUCUUUUUCCUCGGUGCAACCAGACAUUUUAAUGUGGAAAAGAGAGAGGGCUAUUUGUACCUCCUCUGUUAUGAAGAUUAUCGGAGAUUCUCCUCUGUCAAGGCCUUUCCAUGAACACAAGUCUGAGACGAAACAAAACUGAGAAAUGGCAGCUGUCAACAAAGCUCUGUGUGCCUUAUGUGCCUUCUCCCCUCUGCUGCAUCCAGUGGGAGCUACACUAAUAUUCCUGCCACUCCCUCACUGUGUGACUCAUAACAAAUCAUGACAAAAAAACAAAGUCCUUGAUUUCAUGAAGGAUGUUGUUUUGGUUUGGUUUUAUUACAAAUAUGUGUGAUUUAUAGCACUAUUUUAGCUAAACUCAGUACUGUUUGUCACCACUUGAAUGACCUGAAGUGAAGCUUUUGGAAAGCUUUGUAAGACGUUGUAAGCUUUUUGUUAUGAUCAUAAUGUCAUGUUCCUCAGAAGGCGCACAUAAGUUACAGUAGGUGGAAAGUACGGCGAGAGCGUACGUGUUGGAUGUGGGCCUCUUUCUGCUGGCUAGGACGAGCCCCCACUGAGCCAUUUAAUGAAAUGACUGUCUGUUAUAUGUACCAGACGGGUGCUCACAAGUGUUAGGUCAGAGUGUGUGUGAGAGUGUGUGUCCCUUGCGUAUGCUCAUAUGUAGUUAAUUUCUGUGUCUGUGUGUGUGUGUUUGGGUGAGGCCUUUCUGAGAGCGAGUGCCAAUGUGUCUUAAUGUCAUGUCUAUAUAUUUCAGUGUUUAUAGCCAACAAGUGUGCCUCUUUUCAGCCAGAGAACAGGCACCUGCUCCAACAGACACAUGUAACAUGAGACGGGAACACUGUGGGGAAAAAAAGCAUUACGUGCUGUUCAUGUACUUUACUGUUACUAAUCAUAGUCAUGAUUCACAUCACUGAGAAAUCCUGUGAUAUAUCGUAUGCUACACAGGCAUAUAUAUGUAUCUAUACACACCUAAAGGGGACCUAUUAUGCUCAUUUUCUGAUUCAUACUUGUAUUUUUGGCUUCUACUAGAACAUGUUUACGCGCUUAAAUGGUCAGAAAAACUUUAUUUUACUCAUACUGUCUGUGCUGGAACAUCUGAAGUCACCCUCUGUCUGAAUCGCACCAUGUUAACACCUGUCAAUUUCAGCCCCCCUCCCAAAAAAGCUCAGUCUGCUCUGUAUCUGCGUCCCUGGCAUCUCUGCCAAGCCCACAGGAACAGCGUUAGGCGUUAAACCAAUCUUAAAUAGUGGCCAAAAGUGAAAUAACACCAUCUGGGUUCAUCACGUGAUGCCAUGAGGCCCAAAAAGGCUUUUUCCUGUAGACAUAUAUUUGAAAGAGUCGUCUGUAAAUCAGUGGAAAGUUUUUUGGGCAUCACAACCCCUGCAAAAAUGACUUGUUCCACUGUCAGGAUGUGAUCCAUUUGGUCAAAUAACAUUUUGAAACUCUCGAAUAACUACAAGAUAAGAUCAUUUUACCUACAUUCAAGUUUGCGGAGCGCUACACUACAAGUUAGCUGUUCAGCUGCCGCAAGUCUCGAGUGCGCUUGCUCUAUGGGCCCCCCAGUGUGAAAGAUCUGGAUAAUGUCACACAGCGGAAAUAGAGGUUUUUUUUUAGUUUCAUGUACCACUGAGCAGCUUUUAUAGAACUGAACAGGGGCCAGCCUUCAGCGCUGUGUCCAGUUCUCUUUAUACAUCCAUGGUAUCUGCACUGUCAUUGCUGCCAGGGGAAUGACUGUAACGGGUAAUAGUGACACUUUUUACCAUGAAAAAUCUGGUUGCGUCUAAACGCACCCAGACAUGUUCCAGCAGAGAUAUCUGAAAUGAGGAGAAAUUAUCAACAUCCAAGAUUCCAUGUUUCUCUGAUGUUAGCAUGUAGCUACAUGGGAGAAGUUUGCCUUCAGGGCUUGCUUUUAUCUUAACCUAACCAGGAAAGUGCUUCCUGACAGUAAUCCCUGAAGACAAAUUUCUCCCAACAGUGCAUGCAGCUACAUGUAGCAUUGUAGGCUACGUAAUGUGCCUGGAGCAGAUGACCAUAUAAAGAAAUCUAGCACAAACUGACGUCAGCUUGUAGUUAAAUUUCUGACAGGUUUUUGCUCACAGGGAUUACUUUUCCAUACAUUUACCUCAUUAUUUGAAACUUUGGCCGUGUUUGAUAUAAACAUUCAACAUUGUGACAUUACACAUGUGACAGAAAAUAAGUAAAAAGCAUAAUAGGUCUCCUUUAAAAUAAAGACAGGGACGUCCUAGAGCAGUGAUUACUUACAGAAAAUUUUCAGUAUCAAAACACAAUUUAGCAAUGUUUAAAAAGUCAUUAUUUUGGCACAUUGUAACCGUUUAAUAUCUCAUAGAGUCUUGUAAAGUAAUACAAUAGAGCUGCAAUGAGGCUCUGCAUUAUAGAGGAUGAAAAUCAUUAUCUUGAAUUUUAAGUAAUAAUGAUGCUAAUAUGUUUGUAUGACAUUAAUGUAAUUAACUUUUUAGAAAGAAAAAAAAACACUUAAAACCACUGACUGGAAGCAUCAUACUAACUCAGUUUUAAGAUGUUGAGACUAGGGAUGGGACGAUAUAUGAUUUUAUCAUAAUUCACGCAAAAAACAACAACAAUAAGUUGGUUGUAGUGAAUUUUCAUUAUUGGCAUAAUUGUGAAUAUUGUGUCCAGCUGCACCCAAAGAGACUGCUGGGCAGCCAAAAAUAAAAAAGACUCCACAAAGGUAUAUUUCAUAUGAAAAGAUAUGAUGCCAUUUGAAAUAAUUGACCAGCUCUGCUUUUUAAGAUUGUUUAUUUUGAUAUUCGUGAAAAAGGAUGUUCACAAAAACUGUGUGUCCUAUCAACGAUGCAAUAAAAAUAUUAGGUAAGGUAAUUCCAUGAUAUUUUGGUGCCAUUUUAAGAGUUUUAAGCAUAUUUUGGUGAUCAUCGUGAUAAUAUUGUGAAUUGCAAUUAUUUUGUCCAGGAUCUGUUUGUCUAUUAAAUUUUAAUAUCGUCCCAUGCCUAACUGAGACACACUUGGAUCUGAUACUCAUAGGGAAACUAGUUUUUUCUUCCCACGUCUUGAAAAUCUACUUAUACAGCAUCAGAUAAUUCUGCGUGCUGCCAUACAUUGUACAAUACUGUAUCAUGUAUAUAUACAGUAUAUCCUUUGAAAAAAAACACCCACUAUGACUUGUGUGUCGAGACCUGUGUAAAUGUAAAACGUGCUGCUUUAACGAGGCAAAGCUUGGCAGAUGUCAUCCUGUAAAGUUGACAACUUGUGAAUAUUAAGUUUUAUGAGAAAAAAAAACAAAGCUCUCAAUGCAGACAGCUUCAGUACAUGUUUAUUAAAUAAAAAAAAUGCCUUUCCAUAUUUUUGUAAUGUCGUGAAAUUUUGUACGAAGAAACUGUAAGACAAAGAUAAAAUGUCUUUAAUAAAACACAAAAGA